GACAGUUAGAAUCCCAAUAUCGUUGCAUCAGGGCCUGCAAAACCAGUCCAGCUAUUCUCCAACUUUUAAAACAUCCGUCUUUUCCCAGAUCAAACCUACAAAGAAUGCCCUUUUCAUUGAAGGGGACGGAGAAGCCGAAACCUCCAAUUCCAUACGUUAUUGGCUGGAAAUUUACUGCUUAUUCCCAUAUACCGCCUCCUCCCACUCCCAUGACAUAUGACUGUUCGAGCCAUGCUUCAUUUCGCCACGAAAGGGAGCAAACAGACCCCGUUGAGCUCUGUUUGCGCCAUCCACCGUUGCCAGGAGGCUGCCGCUCCGACGAAGGGGAUACCGGGAAUACCACGAGUGUUGAGCUACAAAUUCGCGGCAUUUUGCGAGCCGGGAACAAGCACAGCGCACAGCUAGUCUUCGUUGACGUCCUCAGGGCCGCCGUCGACGACGAUCAACAUUACCCUGGCCUCGGAGGCCUUGCGGGAACCAAAGGACAAGGACAAAGACUUGUGGCCAAGUUUUACGACCCUCUUUACGUUGAUGAUGAAGGUGGUUUCCUCGAUGCCUUUUCCAUCGCGGACCGUCACUACACCCACGAGACCCGCACAUAUAUCGAGCUUGCAGAUCUCCAGGGCAAGUCUAUACCAAGAUACUAUGGCUCUUUCUCUGUCGAUAUUUGUGUUGGAUCGUCGUUGUCGUCAUCGUGCUCGGUGGCUGCGGUGGCGUCAUCAUCAUCAUCAUCAUUAUCUAGUAGACGGACGACAAAGAUGACACGUCCCGUCAGAUUCAUCCUCAUCGAAUACCUACCGGGAACAACAAUGAUGAAUGCUGAUCCCGCGGCGUAUUCGCAGCAGACUCGGCAGCAUAUUAUGAAAGCGGUAGUGGAUUUUGAUACGGCAAUAUAUGCUCGUAAUAUCAUGAACGCGGACCUGCACCCAAGGAAUAUUAUCCUAGUCGACGGUCAAGAAUCUCAAGAUUCUAACGCGCCUCCGCAUCUUGUUUUUAUCGAUUUCGGAUUUGCUAUAUUCGGCCGUACAUGGGACGGCUCUGAUGAGCGCAGGCCGCAUAAAAUGUUUUCUGGGAUCUAUAUCUCCCCAUUGCUUCUAUGGCACGAGUCUCGGCGUUCCAGGUUUGAUUUCGAAGAGUGGGUGGAUUGGAACUGGCAGCGCUGGCUGAAUGCAGAAUAUAAACACACUGCUUCAAGUAUAACAAAAGAGAUGCGCAAAACAUAUCUUCAUUGACUUUCUCUCUCGAGUUUCUCAUGCUCGAAUUGAGGUACUGGUCAAUGGGCUUAUGGACUGGCCGCCGUCACUGUAUGUGGAUUCAACUUUUACUCGCAACCAAGGCGCAUGUGUUAAUUGCAGAUAGUUCAAGGCUGGUAGCUCAAACACAUUGCUUCUCGAAAAUUUAUAAUCAUCUUUCUCUCCG